CACCUUUCCGGUUUCCCUUCAACGGUUGCAGGUCACUCCCUCCCUGCUACCAGUAUACUCGCACAUACACACAACUCUGGACGGCUCGAAUCAAUACGAAGCUCCUCUACGACUUAACGUGGCUUCCCCCUUUCGCCAUCUUUGCCAGUUCAAAGUGUUUAGUUAGCGGUUGUUUACAGGAACCGCCGUGUUUACGUCACGCAGAAGAAAAGCGGCGGAAGGAAAUGGCCAGCUGAGUGUUGGAAAAGCCUUCAAACCGACUGCUCGGCCCUGCUUUUUUUGUGAUGAUUGAUAAAUACUUCGACUAUGGCACAGAAGGCACAGGUUUUAUAUGACUUCACUGCGGAGCCGGGAAACAAUGAGCUGACGGUGAAAGAGGGUGAAACGGUCACUGUCACCAAUCAGCACAUUGGUGGUGGCUGGAUUGAAGCGCAGAACUCCCGAGGGGAUGUGGGACUGGUGCCUAUAGACUACGUAGAGCUCAACACAUCGGCCCUCCCGUCGUUCCCCGCGGCAGGAACCGCCGCGCCGGCCGCCAGCGUCGGGAACAUCGUAAAUUCGGAUCUCUCCUUCUUUGAUGCCUUUGCCCCCACGUCGACGCAGCAAAACCAGGUGGACACUAGGCGCUUGAGCCCCCAGCCCGACACCCCUGAUACCCCAGUUUCCCCCUACUUUACUUCCCCCGAUGAGGCCAACAGCAAUGGCAACGAUCCCUGGUCAUCGUGGAACACGGACCCCUCGGCAGGCGCCUCCAACAACUCGGCGUCCAAUCCGGAGGGCACCCAGACUGGCAGGGCGGCCGCGGGCGACUCCUGGGGCGUCGCCGCUCAGGGUCACCCUCAGGCCUACCAGGGUCCAGACAUCUACCCCUAUCCUUACCUUAUCGAUUGCACAGGAGCUGAAGACGACGAAUGGGAUGACGAGUGGGACGACAAGUCCACCGCCGGUUACGGCGAUGGCGAAUCGGGAGACGGCAACGCCAUGCAGCGAGGUGGCGCUCAUGCGUCGAUGAAACUCAAGUUUCCUGGGUUCUCAAAAUCUGGUCCUGAGUUGUACCUCCUGUGCAAGCAGAUUGCAAAGGGCAAGGACAAGCUACCAAUUUAUAUGGGCGAGGUUGGUCCGGUGUGGCUUUACCCAGAAUCGCAGCUGGACUGUGUGGUGGCCGACCCCAAGAAAGGCUCCAAGAUGUACGGCCUCAAGAGCUACAUCGAGUACCAAAUCACACCCAACACCACGAACCGACCCGUCAAUCACAGAUACAAGCACUUUGACUGGCUGUACGAGAGGCUCCUGGACAAAUUCGGCUCGGCCAUUCCCAUCCCGUCCUUACCGGACAAGCAGGUAACAGGGCGCUUUGAGGAAGAGUUCAUUAAGAUGCGAAUGGAGCGGUUGCAGGGCUGGAUGAGCAGGAUGUGCAGGCACCCAGUCAUUGCCAGCAGUGAAGUAUUUCAGCUGUUCCUCACGUAUAAGGAUGAGAAGGACUGGAAAACAGGCAAGAGAAAAGCAGAAAAGGACGAGACGGUGGGAGUGAUGAUCUUCACCACGAUCGAGCCUGAAGCCGCUGAUUUGGAUCCUAUCGAAGUGGAUCAGAAAUGCGAGCAGUUCAACAAAUUUACCAAAGCAAUGGACGACGUGGUGAAGGAAAUCCUCACGGUGGGCCACGAGCACUGGAAGCGCUGCACGGGCCCUCUGCCAAAAGAAUACCAACGAAUCGGUAAAGCCUUUCAAAACCUCUCCUCUGUGUUCAACAGCAGCCGCUACCAAGGUGAGGAAACGCUGACUGAUGCCAUGACGGCCGCAGGGAAGACCUAUGAGGAAAUAGCGCAGUUGGUAGCAGAGCAGCCCAAAAAGGACCUCCACUUCCUCAUGGAGACCAACAACGAGUACAAAGGUUUGCUUGGAUGCUUCCCGGACACCAUUGGCGUUCAUAAGGCCGCCAUUGACAAAGUGAAGGAAGGCGACAAGUUGGUGGCCACGAAUAAAAUCACCCCUCAGGAAAAGGUCACCAUGGCGAAACGAGUCAGCACCAUGUCUUAUGCGUUACAAGCUGAGAUGAACCACUUCCAUAGCAACCGUAUCUACGACUACAAUCGUGUCAUGCAGCUCUACCUGGAAGAACAAGUCAAGUUUUACGAGACGAUCGCUGCAAAGCUGAGACAAGCUCACAGUCAGUUCACGACAAUGUGAACGGAACUGUCAAGUUGCGGCCGAAGAAGUCCACAUCCCAAAUUUUCCCUCGUACUGCCGCUUGCGUGUCUCUCUCUCUCUCUCUCUGUCUCUGUCUCUCGCUCUUUUUUAUUCACUUUUCAUCCCUCCUUAUCCCCUAGAUGGAUUUUUUGAGCGCUAAACGGCGUUUAAAAUAGAAAGGCCCAGCGCUGAUUGCAAAUGAUGACACGCAAUUAUUGUUCCCUUUUUCUUUUUAAAGAUCUGCGGGCUGGUAGCGGGAAGAAAACACGCAAAAACGCAAUUUACACAACUGAGAAAUAGCCAUGACACUGUAGGCGCUUAAAAAAAAAAAACACCUUCAAUGCAGAACUCAGCAAAUUUAUCGCGGAAACUACUCGGUGCCUUUUCAUAUGAAUGUGUAUGUUCGACAUGUUUUCGGCGUCGCAUCCCUCGAAGGAAACAAUGUGUGCGUGUUUGUGUGUCCGCCGCCUCCUUUCUUCCUGCACUUCCUGUUUAGAUAACGGGAAGCUCCGCCCAAUCAAGUCCUCUACCCACGUGCCUUGUUCAGUUGAACUGGGGGGGGAGACAAAAAAAAGAGCGAGAGCUUCAAUCCAAUUCCAUUUUUUUUUUCAUUUGAUGGACGUUUACAUUUCAAGACCGAAUGCGCAUUUAAUGACUAUGAAUGGAUCCCCACCGCCUUUAAUCGGAGUCUGACGUUUUUAUAUGAAGGUGUAGGACCUAUAGAGCACAUAUGCAGUUUGUUUUUGCUUUUCGCUUGCAAUCAAUCUCCUUUUUUUUCAUGUGAUACACAUCUAUCAUAUAUGUAUAAAUACAUAUUUAAUAAGCACGUUGACCGGCAUCAUGGGUGCAUACUGUAUGUACAAUGUAAGUGAGGCCUGUUUGACAAAUUGAAGGGUCUGUUGUGUUCAGUGCAAACUGACCUCUCGUUUUUGUAAAGGCAGACUUUGAAGGGGAAGGUGCAUUGGCUCAUAUUUGUACAUGGGUGCCUAAUGAAGUGGCUGGUGAGUGUACAGUACAUACAAAUAAAUAUACACUAUUCCAUCA